AUGAUUCAAAGCUCAUCAGAGGCCUCCUUAACAAAAUCUGACAAUGGCUCGGAGGUUAAAGCUUUAAAAUACAAUGAAAAGUAUGAACCUGAGUCGAGUAGGCCAAUUUCUGAUUCAAAUGGUCAAUUAGUCAGUUAUGAGCUUGAGGUUAUGAUGAUGAACACUUCUGUUUUACUGGGCUAUGCUCAUAUUCAUUUACCUGUCAUUUUACUUUCAGUACAACAACCAAAUGAUGCAUUUGUAGUAUUCGAGGAUGAAAAGAUGAAAAGAUGGAGAGAAAAUUGGAAUAGCUGGUUUUUGAGAUUGCCAAGAUCAAGAAAUGCAAUAUUACAUGAAUUGAAUUUUAGUUUCAAUAAGGCACACCGUUUUUGGGUAGGUCUUCAAAAAGGGCAAUACAUCACAGAAAAGGAGAAGAAGGAUGCAUUGAAAAAAGUCAAAAAGAAUUUGGCUCAUGGAAUUAGAUUUUGUAAAUAUGGAUAUCAAAUUGCGUUUGGAGGGUGUAUUUAUGAUUAUUUGGAAACAAAUGCACUUUAUGAUGAAGUGGUUUAUGGAACAGACAAUUAUACAACCUGGGAAGAGUAUGAAUCGUUGGUUAAAACACUUUACGAUAAAUGGAUGGUUGAAUAUAAAGAGGAUAUUAAAGCUGUUAUGAGAGAAUGCAGAAAAGAAUGUUUAUCCAUGGAGAGGGAGUCUAAUUUAAUAGUUUCUGAUAUUUUGAAUAAGUUUGUCACAACAUUUUCCAAGGAAUCUACUUUUAAAAGGAGAGAUUACGAAAAUAUCACUUUAAGCUUUGGACCUUUUUCACUAAAUAGAGUAUUUGGUAUUAGUGUAACACCUAUAUUUAUUGAGGGAGAUAACGUUUCAAAUCCAAAUGAUUGCAAUCUUUUCAAAUUGGAUAUUGACUUUGUAUUCCAAGAAGCAGAAAACUCAUUAAGUUUUAGAGAAAUGGACUUGUAUUUGGAAUGUAAUGGUUCUAUAAUAGAAGCCAUUUCUAACGAGAAUGAGACUCAUUACUCUCCUUUAUGUGUGCCAAGGUUCUUGUCUGAAGAAUAUCACAACUUGGAUAAAAGACAUGGCAAUGGAUUCACUACUAAGCUAAAACUAUCAGACUAUGCAAUAUUAGAGAACCCUUCUGGCACCAGAGUUAAUUUGUACUAUUAUAGAAAUGAAUGGAGAUUUAGCUUUGGUAACGAAAGUCAGAAAUGGCAAAAUGAAUGGAUUUUGGAUAGAGAUUUUGUAAAUGAAAUAUCUGAGCCGUUCUUAAAAUUAUGGGAAAAAUUAGAUAUGAAGAAACCAACAGAACAAAAUAGUAAUUUUACUUUCUUUUUCACAUACCAACCUCAAUCAGGAAGAAUUAUUUAUUGUGGAUGUAGAAACCUCAGUACAAUGAAAGAGGAAAUUGUUUGGAGAGACUUGGGAGAGCAAUACAAUUGGAAAGAUCAAGUCAAGCAACUCUUCUUCGAUUCAAUUGAAGAUAUCAAGGAGGCAGUGAAUGAUUUUAAUCAAUUCCCUCCAAUGUUUUUCGAAGGAUUCGAAUGUAUCAACUUUACGAACAAUUAUAGGAGUUUUCAAAUCAAAUCCGAUUUAAGGUCUUCCAUUCCACAUUUAAGAAUUACUAAUACCAAUUAUGUUGAUUCUUUACUGGAUGAGGAGGUAAUUUCGAAUCCACCACCCGAUCUAAUAGAAUCAAAACAUAAUUAUGACACUCUAAUUUGUUUAAUUGUGAGAUCCAAAUUUUCUGAGACUGACAAAGGAGAUGAAAAGGUUGUUAGUGAACUGAAUAGAAUAUUUUUGAAAUCAUAUGUGAAUUUAAAGUAUCCUUACAUGUCUCUAGUGAGAGAGAUCAAGCCUCUGAGUAUCAGGAAAGAACCAAGCUUUUCUUUGGAGGAAGGGUAA